AUGUCAAAAAUUAGAAGGAAGGUCACAGUGGAAAAUACCAAGACCAUAUCCGAUAGCACAUCCCGAAGACCCAGUGUGUUUGAAAGGCUUGGACCCAGCACUGGAAGUACUGCAGAGACACAGUGCCGUAACUGGCUGAAGACUGGCAACUGCCUCUAUGGGAACACAUGUAGAUUCGUACAUGGCCCUUCACCACGAGGUAAAGGCUAUAGCAGCAGUUAUAGAAGAUCACCAGAAAGACCCACUGGAGAUCUUCGGGAAAGAAUGAAGAACAAACGUCAAGACGUUGAGGCAGAGCCACAGAAACGAAGUACAGAGGAAUCAUCCUCUCCUGUUAGGAAAGAGUCUUCACGAGGAAGACAUAGAGAAAAGGAGGAUAUCAAAAUUACAAAGGAGAGAACACCAGAAAGUGAAGAGGAAAAUGGGGACUGGGAAACAAAUAGAGAAGACUCAGAUAAUGGAGAUGUUAAUUAUGAUUAUGACCAUGAGCUGUCUUUGGAAAUGAAGCGCCAAAAGAUUCAGAGAGAACUCAUGAAGCUGGAACAGGAAAACAUGGAGAAACGAGAGGAAAUAGUCAUUAAAAAAGAGAUUUCUCCAGAGGUGGUUAGAUCUAAAUUAUCACCAUCGCCAUCACCAAGAAAGUCUAGCAAAUCUCCAAAACGAAGAUCCAGUCCAAAAUCAUCUUCUUCAGCUAGUAAGAAAGAUAAGAAAGCAUCUGCUGUAUCUUCCCCGCUUUUGGAUCAGCAGAGGAGUUCUAAAAGUAACCAGAGUAAAAAGAAAGGUCCUCGUACCCCUAGUCCUCCUCCUCCAGUGCAAGAGGAAACUCCCCUGGGGAAAAAACACAAAGAAAAACAUAAAGCAAAAGAACGUUCAGAAGAAAAAGCAAGGGAGGUGAAAGAGAGAGGGCGUGACUUUGAAAGGCACAAGGAGAAAAAAGAGAAACAGAGGGAUCCCUCUGAAAGCUCCCAUAGACAGAAGCGUUCUCCUAGUCCUGCAGAUCAUUCUGGCAGUAAUUCUUCCCCUUCCAGGGAGUAUUCACCGCCUGCUGCAAGGCGAAGACAAACCUCCCGAGCUCCAGCCAAGUCAACCACUCACAAACAUAACUUCUCACCCUCUCGCAGGUCUGCUUCCCCAUCAGGUCAGCAUCAUUCUCCCAUAUCUUCCAGGCAUCACUCCUCUUCGUCACAGUCAGGCUCCUCUGUUCAAAGACAUUCUCCUUCCCCACACCGCAAAAGAACUCCUUCUCCAUCCUAUCAAAGGACAGCUUCCCCGCCUGCAAGGCGAUCAUCUUCUCCCUAUCCCCCACACUCUUCCUCUCCUCCUCAGAGGAAGCGAAGCCCUUCGAGACACCGAUCUCCUGGAAGAGAAAAGGGAAGACAUGAUCGUGAUCGGACUUCACAGUCUCAUGAUAGGCGCCACGAAAGGCGGGAUGAAACGAGAGGGAAAAGGGAAAAAGAAAGAGAAACAAGAGAUGAUCGUGAUUAUGACCAGGAGCAGAGUACCUCCAGGGAUCACAGAGAUGACAGAGAGUCUCGUGAUGGAAGAGAUCGGAGGGAGACAAGAGACAACAGAGAUCGGAGGGAGCCAAGGGAAUCCAGAGACACUCGAGACUCCAGAGAUACGAGGGAUUAUAGCAGAGACACCAAAGAUAGUCGUGAUCAGAGAGACUCACGCUCCACUCGAGAUUCCCAUGACUACAGAGACAGAGAGAGUCGCGAUGCCCAUAAAAAGGAUGACCAGUAUCAGGAGGACUCGCGCAGCUAUGGAAGAUCCCAUGGCAGAGAGGAGAGCUCUCGUGCUGAAACAAGGAAUGACUCCAGAAGUGACUCCAGAAAUGAGAGCAGAAGUGAUAGAACUGGCAGAAGUCGAGGCAGAGGUCCAGAAUUAUCUGACAAGGGGAGUCGGGGGACUAGAGGAUCCCAGGUUGAUGGUCACAGCAGUAGUGGAAACUACCAUGACAGCUGGGAAUCAAGGAGUAGCUACACUGAUCGGGAUCGCUAUGACAGUCGAGAACAAGCAAGGGAUUCCUCCUUUGAAAGAAGGCAUGGUGACCGGGACAGGCGUGACAACAGAGAAAGAGAUCAGAGAGCAAGCUCCCCGGUACGACAUCAAGGACGAAGCGAUGACCUCGAGCGGGAUGAAAGAAGAGAAGAGCGAAGGGUAGAUCGGUCUGAUGAUAGGAGAGAUGAAAGGGCCCGGGAGAGAGAGCGAGAAAGGGAGAGGGACCGAGAGAGGGAGAGAGAGCGAGACCGGGAAAGAGAGAGGGAGAAGGAAAGAGAGUUGGAACGAGAUCGUGCUCGGGAGAGGGAGAGGGAGAGGGAGAGAGAGCGGGACAAAGACAGGGACCGCGAGCGUGACCGAGACAGGGACCAUGACAGGGAAAGGGAACGAGAGAGGGAGAGGGAGAAGGAGCGAGAGCGAGAGCGGGAGGAACGAGAAAGGGAGCGAGAGCGUGAAAGAGAUCGAGAGCGGGAACGAGAAAGGGAGAGAGGUCGGGACAGGGAUAAAGAAAGAGACCGCCAGAGAGACUGGGAUGACAAAGAAAAAGGAAGGGAAGACCGCAGGGAUAAGAGAGAAGAUAUCCGAGAAGAAAGAAGUUCAAGAGAUGUCCAUGAGGAAAGAAAAUCCAAGAAGCGUCACAGAAAUGAAAGUAGUCCAAGUCCUCGUCCAUCACCCAAACGUCGCCGUGAGCACUCUCCUGAUAGUGAUGCUUACAACAGUGGAGAGGAUAAAAAUGAAAAGCACAGACUUCUGAGCCAGGUUGUGCGGCCACAGGAAUCCCGGUCACUGAGUCCCUCUCACGUUACAGAAGAGCGGCAGAGUCGCUGGAAAGAAGAAGAGCGAAAAUCGGACAGAAAGGAAAGCUCCCGGCGUUAUGAAGAACCAGAGUUUAAAGAGAGGGUUUCUUCAGCAGAUAAGCAAAGAGAGCAGCCAGAUGCUUCAGAAGGCUCCCGGUCCAGGGUUCAGGAAAAUCUUGGACACCGUCCUUCUGAAGAAAGAGAUGCUUCUGAUAGAAUGCAUGAUGACAGUAAGAAGAAGUCUAAAGUACAGAAAAAGGCCACAAAGAAGAAGAAAGAUGAUGACAGUGGGGUGGAAAGGUAUGCUAAUGAAUCAACAACUGAGGAAAGCCAGGUCUUUUCACCCAAGAAAGGUCAAAAAAAGAAAAAUGUAGAGAAAAAGCGGAAGAGGUCCAAGGGUGAUUCUGAAGUUUCCGAUGAAGAAAUUGUUCCACAUCAUAAAAAGAAGAAAGGCCCAAGAACUCCCCCUGUAACAAAAGAAGAAUUGGUUGAAGCACCACCUGAGAAAGCUGUGGCAGAAGUCCCCCCAAAAAGAGAAGAUACAACAUUUAGUGACUGGUCAGAUGAAGAUGUUCCUGAACGCGGUGACAUUGUUGUUCCAGAAAGAAGCACUGAGGACUCCCAUAGAAAAAGUCACAGGACGAGGGGUGAAAAAGUGGAAGUCCCUCAUGUUACUAUAGACGAUGGACCACACCGUAAACCCGUGGAUCAGAAGCGCAGCAGCAGCCUUGGUAGCAAUCGGAGCCAUGCCUCAAGUAGACUUAGAUCCCCUUCCAAUGAGUCAGCUCAUCGCAGUGGAGAUGACCAGACUGGACGGAAGAGGAUCCUGCACAGUAGCUCUAGAGACAGGGACAGGGAGAAGAAAAGCUUAGAAAUCACUGGAGAGCGGAAGUCCAGAAUUGAUCAGUUGAAACGAGGGGAACCCAGUCGCAGCACAUCUUCAGAUCGUCAAGAUUCAAGAAGCCACAGUUCAAGAAGAAGUUCUCCUGAAUCAGAUCGUCAGGUCCAUUCGAGAUCUGGGUCCUUUGACAGCAGGGAAAGGCUUCAGGAGCGAGAUCGACAUGAACAUGAUCGAGAACGAGAGAGAGACAGGAGAGAGGGAAGACAGAGAGACUGGGACCGAGAUGUUGACAAAGACUGGCCGAGGAGCAGGGAACGAGAGAGACUCAGAGAACGAGAGAGGGAGAGGGAGAAAAGACGGGAGCUGGACAGAGAGAGAGACAGACAACUACCUGAUACUGCUGAAAGAGAGAGAGACAGAACUCUUGACAUCUCCUCUCAAAAAGAAUCAACAAAACACAGUGAAACGAAACUGGACAGAGAUCACGAAAAGGAAUUCGAUGGUGUUUGUCGCGAUUCAGUGGCUUCUGAGAAGGAACGAACAGACAAAGAUUUAGGACCUUUACAAAGUUUUGAAGACGGGAAUGACACCGAAAAGGUAGAGAGUUUAGAAGGAGGAGAAGAUGAAGCAAAGAUCGAUGAUGUACAGUCACUGGGGUCUGGUGCAGGAGAAUACGAGCCAAUCAGUGAUGAUGAACUGGAUGAAAUUCUGGCAGGUGAUGCUGAAAAGCGGGAGGAUCAACAGGAGGAUGAGAAGAUGCCUGGUAAAAAUCCUGUGGAUGUUAUAGAUGUAGAUUGGUCCAGUCUUAUGCCAAAGCAGCCAAAAGAACCACGGGAGCCUGGGGCUGCGCUCUUAAAGUUCACACCAGGUGCCGUUAUGUUGAGAGUUGGCAUUUCCAAGCGCUUGGCAGGACCAGAACUCUUCACCAAAAUUAAAGAGACUUGCCAGAGAGCGUUAGAAAAACCUAAAGAUGCAGAAAGCCUUUUUGAACAUGAACUGGGGGCCUUGAACAUGGCUGCACUUCUACGAAAAGAAGAGAGAGCAGGUCUUCUCAGUAAUCUGGGUCCUUGCUGUAAAGCACUGUGCUUUCGAAGGGAUUCUGCAAUUCGUAAGCAGCUAAUGAAGAAUGAAAAGGGUGCAACAAAACAAACUUACACAAAUUCUGCAGCAAUGGACAGUGACUUGUUACGGUUGAGUCUACGGUUAUUCAAACGAAAGACUGUGUGCCAAGUUCCUGGGCAGGAGAAGACAGAAGAUAGUAAAAUUCCCCAGCCAGCUAUCCAGCAAGAAGUGUGUGUGUCUUGAGCCAAUGACCGUGGUGGCACUUCCUAGUUGAUGUCCCACUGCCAGUGUUGGUAUUGAUGUUUAGAACUGGUUGGUUGGAAAGCAGCUGUAGAAGAUGGAAGAAAAUACUCCGUUUGUACACAGAUAAGAAUUGUUGGGUUUGGAUGUGAAUAAAAGGGGUAAAAAAUAAAGACUUCUGUGUGAAGUUCUCUGCAAGUUUUAUAAUACUGAAUCUUACACUGUAACAUAAGCCUGUUUUAUGGUGCAUCAAGUGUAAUAAUGUGAAGAUGUCUGGUUUUAGCAGUUUAUAACACCACCUGAUAUUAAACUGAAGAAAACUG